AUGUUGCGCCCCGCGACACCGUUGUCGGUGCUGCUAUUUGCAGCCUUCGUUCUCAUUUUACUCUCGGUUCUGUCGACCCCCAUUAUCAGUGCUAUCCCCCUGGGCAGCUGGUUGAAGGAGUCGACUUUGGCGUCUUUGGGUUUUGCACCCAGGAUGGCUGUACCCCAAUUGAGAUUGGCUACGAUGUCCGUGAGUGUAGACCCCAUCCGAUACUCGCAUUUAUCAACACAAGACUUAUCCACGUAUCCAGGACCUCUGCACGCCGAGGGCUUCUCCCUCAACGCUUCAACCCGUUCCACUCUUUCCAGCCUUCUCAUUGUUCACCCAGUCGCGGGCCUCUUAACUCUCAUCAUGUUCGUCCUCGCUGUGAUCGCCCACUUCCACAGCCCCUCCCAUUCCCCCAGGUACUUACUUGUGCUGUUCAUUGUGGGCAUUCUCAACUUCCUGGUCUGCCUUUUGAGCUUCCUCGUCGAUGUCCUGCUCUUCGUGCCCCAUAUCGCCUGGGGUUCGUACGUCGUUCUCGCCGCCACGAUUCUGGUUGCCUUGAGCGGCUUGGUGUCGUGCGCCAUGCGGAGGACUGUCGUCGGCAGGAAAGCAAGGCAAAAGCGGAUUGCCGAAAACGCAGAAAUGAGUGGCGAGAAUUACUACAAUCGUCAAGCUCAAGUUGCGACUGCUCCCGUCCCCAGCUCGUCCGUCCUCCAUCCAACGGUUCCUCUUGUCAGCGGCGCCAAUGGCAGGGGGGGGGAUGCGCUGCCAGAAUUCGCCUCAUAUGAAAAGAAGGAUGAUCAGAGCAGCGACGAGAGAAUCCCCCUCACUGCCGCCAGAAGCCGGUCGAGUAGGUCGCCGGGCACCUUCAACACCGACCAAUCUACCUACGUAAACGAUUCGGCCAACCAAGCUGAGAUGACGACCUUGCGUUCCACGUCAACCACGCCUGGCGCCCGCGAUCAGUACGGAAACCCCCUCCUGCCACAAGACGGAUAUCCCAUGAGGUCAGGUUCCGUUGAGCGCAUGGGUUCGCCGCCGCGCGGUCCUCUGCCUCCAGGUGCUUACCGAGGGCGUGGUGGUUACCCGGGUCCUGGUAGGGGCGGCUACAACGGUUACGGGCCUCCUCCAGGAGGCCGCGGCGGUUAUGGUCCUCCUGGGCGUGGGGGUUACGGACCCCCGGGUGGCAGAGGAGGUUAUGGCCCCCCUCCUCGUGGUUACGGCGGCCCUAUGCGCGGCGGACGCACUCCGCCCCCGCCUAGCUAUCAGGGGCAGUAUGACAGGAGAGGUUCCCCUGCUGGCACCAAUCAAUAUGGCUCUAGACGGCCAUCUCCUGGUCCGCCAUCUGCACCUGCCCAGCGAGUGCUCCCGCAAGGGUUUGGGCAGUUCAACAUUCGGGACAGCGAUUCUGAUGUUGCUGGGAUGCUGGCGCUGCAGCAAGCGAGGACCUCGGGCGCGGAUCGUCAUAUGAGCGAUACCAGCAGGUACAGCCAAGAAGAAAACGCCGCCUUAUGUACCGCCGAGGCAGGCAUGGAACCAAGAAGGCAGGAAUUCUCCUCGCGUAGCUUCGCCGCUAAGCACACGCCGCCCAGCAGAACUUGCAUCGCAAGGAAGCCCCCCCGCCCCCCGCCGCCGGCAGCGUCCGCUGGCUCCCGCAGCCCGGCGGAAUCUGAACGCUCCACCUUCACCUCCAUUUCCCAGCGGGGUAUCAACCCCCGCUGGAACCCGCCGGUGCCACCACCUCCGGCGCCGGGGAGCUAUGGCGUCGGCGUCGGCGGCGGUGGUGGAGGCAACCCGAUGGUCCCCCGACGCCCCGUCAACCGCACCGACAUCCUACUCAGCUCCAACCCGGACUUCGAGCUCCCCAGCCGCGGCGCCGGGCCGUCCAGGUCCUAG